UGUCUUUAAAUACCGGAGACUCCCCCCUCUGCAGCAACCACUUCUGCGGACAAGCGGCCCCGGAGCAGCUACAGACCCGUGUUCCCACCUGCCUACGUGAAGCCUGACGAUGUCCACCAAGGAGAAGCUGAUCAGCCAUGUGAUGAAGGAGGAGCCUGUUGGCAGCAAGAGCAAAGUGACGGUGGUGGGUGUCGGCAUGGUGGGCAUGGCCUGUGCCAUCAGCGUACUGCUCAAGGACUUGUGUGAUGAGCUGGCCCUUGUUGAUGUGAUGGAGGACAAGUUGAAAGGCGAGGUCAUGGACCUGCAGCACGGAUCCCUCUUUCUCAAGACACACAAGAUUGUAGCAGACAAAGACUACAGUGUGACAGUCAACUCCAAAGUGGUGGUGGUGACAGCCGGUGCCCGCCAGCUGGAGGGCGAGAGCCGCCUUAACCUGGUGCAGCGCAACGUCAACAUCUUCAAGUUCAUCAUCCCAAACAUCGUCAAGUACAGCCCCAACUGCAUCAUCCUGGUGGUGUCCAACCCAGUGGACAUCCUGACCUACGUGGCCUGGAAGCUGAGUGGUUUCCCCCGUCACCGCGUCAUUGGCUCUGGCACCAACCUGGACUCCGCCCGGUUCCGCCACCUCAUGGGAGAGAAGCUCAACAUCCACCCUUCCAGCUGCCACGGCUGGAUCAUCGGAGAGCAUGGAGACUCCAGUGUGCCCGUGUGGAGCGGUGUGAAUGUUGCCGGAGUUUCUCUGCAGGGCCUCAACCCACAGAUGGGGGCCGAGGACGACAGUGAGAACUGGAAGGCUGUGCAUAAAUUGGUGGUUGAUGGGGCCUACGAGGUUAUCAGGCUGAAGGGCUACACCUCCUGGGCCAUUGGUAUGUCCGUGGCUGACCUGGUGGAAAGCAUCCUCAAGAACAUGCACAAAGUGCACCCUGUGUCCACACUGGUCCAGGGCAUGCACGGCGUGAAGGACGAGGUCUUCCUGAGCAUCCCGUGUGUCCUGGGCAACAGCGGCCUGACGGAUGUGAUUCACAUGACACUGAAGCCCGACGAAGAGAAGCAGCUGGUGAACAGCGCUGAGACCCUGUGGGGCGUCCAGAAGGAGCUCAGCCUCUGAAUACUCCGAUGCGCUCUGAAGCCACCCCCUACACCGUGUGGUUGUCUGCCUCCUUUGCCCCUUCACAGUCCAAUGAAACAUCGGGAUAUCUCAAAAGGUUUAGUGUGUAAGCUAGAUGGUUCUUUCAGAUAUUCACGUAUGGGUGUCACUUUCCUUCUGUCCUCCUUCCUCCAUGACUGAAUUCUCAGAAACCUAACUUCCCCCCUUCAGCCUGUGCGCUCACCCGCCGUCUAUCGUCUCUUUGUCGCCUCUGCAUAUUGCGUUUACAUUCUAUGUACUGUAUAUGUUAACUGCACUGAUGUUGUUUCUUCUGUACACUCAGUUUUCGUAGUUUAUAUUUAUUCUGUGAUUGUUGCCAGCUGUUUUUCACCUCUUGGAAAACUCAGUUUUAUUUGGAGUAUAAUGGGGACAUUCCAUUCCCCGUGAGGAGGCCUUCGCAUCAAGCUGUAGUCACGAUGACACGGCUGCAUAGCACUGGGUACCAACGUAUCUUAUUAUUUGAGAAAGGCAAUGCUACCUUUACUGGUCGGCAGUGAAGGCUUCGUCACAAGCAAAACCACAAGUGCACUAACUUCUAAGAUUUACUUAACCUCAGCAAAGAGAUGAGAGAAUCAGUGCAAAUAGUCAGCCACACUUAUGGCCUGGGGGUCAGGUUAUGAAUGUUAACAGAAUGUAAUGAACUUGUAUUUAUUUUUACUCCAACAGACUGCUAAAAAGUAUAUCAAGAGAAUAAUGAUGGUAUUAUUUAUAGCUGUUAAUACUUUUAAGAUAUAUUUAUGUCUUACCGUUACAACUUGAGACAUGGUUUAUUAAUCACGGAACUCACUGAGAAACUGCACCUGUCAUGGCAGCUGUGUAUUGAUAUAUAUUUGUCGUAACAUCCAAUAAAUCUGGAAUACUGUU